AUGCAGAAUGUCCUGAAUUCUGUCAAGGGCACGGCUCUCGGUGUGGCCGAAUAUUUAACGCCCGUGCUGAAGGAAUCAAAGUUUCGCGAGACGGGUGUGCUAACGCCGGAAGAAUUCAUCGCCGCCGGGGAUCACCUUACGCAUCAUUGUCCGACCUGGUCGUGGGCGGUUGGAGAUGAGAGCAAAAUAAAGCCUUAUCUUCCGAAGGACAAACAGUUUUUGAUUACGCGCAACGUACCAUGCAGGCGGCGCUGUAAACAGAUCGAGUUUGUCGGCGAGGAGAACCUCGUGGAGGAGAACGAUGCGGAUGGUGGAUGGGUCGAGACACAUCACUACAAUCCGGACGAUGCGGGAAGUGCCGGGCUGGAGGAAAAGGUGUGCGAAAUGAAGCUGGACAGUUCGCGCAUCGAGGACGAACCGGCGGCCGACAUGGAUGAUCCACGAAACCUCGACGAGGGCGAUGCGGAUGGGGGCGAUGAGGAUGACGAGGAUGGGGCGGCAAUCGAUAUGGAUGAGUUCGAGGAAAGCGGUUUGCUGGAAACGGUUGAUCCGUCAAAUGCACUACUUCCGGCACCGAAUGAGAAGCCCAAACCUGUCGCCUCAUCGGAGGUGGAAGGUGAUUCGGUGGUGCGCACCAGAACGUACGAUCUACACAUCACGUACGACAAAUAUUACCAAACGCCCCGACUGUGGGUGAUCGGGUAUGAUGAGAACCGGAAGCUGCUGAGCGUGGAACAAAUGUACGAUGACGUUAGUCAGGAUCAUGCGAAGAAAACGGUUACGAUGGAAUCGCAUCCACAUCUACCUGGACCGAACAUGGCGUCGGUACAUCCGUGCAAACACGCCGAUAUCAUGAAGAAAAUCAUCCAAACCGUUGAGGAAGGUGGUGGAGAGUUGGGCGUCCAUAUGUAUCUCAUCAUCUUCCUGAAGUUUGUCCAAACCGUCAUACCGACGAUCGAGUACGAUUUUACGCAAAACUUCAACAUUUCCAACCACAAAUAAGGCAA